GUCAGUUUUUACCGACGUGUACUUAUAACAUUCGGUAGAAUAGUAAUCCGUUUUUAUAAGUUACUCUUACGUUUUUAAAAAUUUUCAUUAACAGUUGUAGCAUACGUGUCCUUUAAAAAAAUAUGAUUGCAUCGGGGUGAACAUUCAUACAAUUUUAGUGUAAUACUCUACAUGAAGAGAAGUAUCAAUUAGAAAAGUUCAAAUUGUAGUAAACAACUUUAAAAUGAAUAGAAACAAGAGUGAAAUUCGUUUUAUUUUUUAUGCGAGUGGCAUAUUUAUUUGUUAUUUUAUAUUUGGUAUGUUGCAAGAGAAAAUAACUAGAGGAAAAUAUGGAAACAAUGAUAAAUUUACGUGUACUCUUUCACUCGUUCUCGUUCAAUGUGUUGUGAAUUAUAUUUUCGCUCAAAUUUUAAUGCUAUCUUGGAAGCAUGAGAAAGAUACAACAAGCAAGAUAUAUUAUUUUUCUUCAGCACUUACCUACUUGUUGGGUAUGAUCAGCUCUAAUAUGGCUUUACAAUGGAUCAAUUACCCGACACAGGUUGUCGGAAAAGCAGCAAAACCAAUACCAGUGUUGAUACUUGGUGUAAUUUUGGGUAGAAAAGUGUAUCCUAUAAGAAAAUACUUUUUUGUAUUGCUAAUUGUGAUAGGAGUGGUUUUGUUUAUGUACAAGGAACAAGCGAGAAUGGUUGUGGAAGAAUCUCAAGGUUUAGGAGUAGGGGAGCUUCUACUGUUUUGCUCAUUGACUAUGGAUGGAUUGACUGGUGCUGUGCAGGAGAGGAUAAAAAGUGAAUCUUCUCCUACAGCCUAUUCCAUGAUGUUAAAUACAAAUGCAUGGUCAUCAAUAAUCAUAAGUGUAAGUGUUAUUCUUACUGGGGAAUGCUUCAAGUUCGUCGCUUUUGUCAAACUGUACCCAGAAGUUCUAAUCUGGCUUACAGGGUUGUCUCUAAUGGGUGCUUUGGGACAAUUAUUCAUAUUUUUCAUGGUUUCUGAAUUUGGACCUUUGCCAUGCUCCGUAGUAACCACAACCAGAAAGUUCUUCACUGUCCUGGCGUCUGUAAUUAUUUUUGGCAAUGUUUUGAUGUUAAGGCAAUGGAUCGGUGCUAUUCUUGUCUUUUCUGGUCUAUUUUUAGACAUAAUCUGCAGAAACGGAAAGAGUCCCCAAACGAAGAUAGCUAAUAAAUAAAUUUGUUUAAUGUGCUACGGAAACAUCAAUCAUUUGAAUAUAUGUGAAGUACAAUGCACAAGUGACAUUAAAUUAUUUCACAAAUAUAUAAAAAUGAUAUCUGCUGUUUCUAUUUUCAGUAGGUAUUCAUUUUUGUGUGUUUGGAAAUUAGAAUAAUUGUAAUUUUUAACAAAAUAUUAUUUUUUAAAUGUUUUUAUACAAGAAUAUGAACUAAACGGGUUUUCCCAAAGAUUUCUGAAUACUAUUAAUGUGUAUAUUCACAUUUUUAAUAUAUUAUACUGAAAGCCAGCUAUUUGGGAUAUCAUACAAAGUUUGAAUAUUUUAACAGUUAUAUAUGUCUGCGCUUGUUUAUUGAUAAUUCUUAACUACCAACCAUGACAUCGCGGGUAUACAAUCUAGUACUUCCGAUUUAUACGCCUUUAAAGUUAACCAAUAAGCCACAGAGGCAUUACGAUACUUAUGUUUUGUAUCAGAUAUUAAAUUUUAUUUAAAUUAAAUAUUUAUCAUGAUUGAGGAGUUGGUGUAAUUGUCAUGUGAUAUGAUAUUUCGUUUACUUAAUAUAGCUAAUUUAUAAAAACGUAUUUUAAAUUUGAGAAAAUUAAUAAAUAUUUGACAAUA